AUGAGCUUUAAAGAUUAUCAAAAGCUAACGGGCAACUAUAUUAAAACUGAUCUAGCGGUAGGGUUCGGCCACGUAUUACUCGAACCAGCCGUAGACUCCAUAGGCCUUGAAGAGUUACGGGCUGUACUCAAACUACCGCCACCUCAUCCUUGGCAACCCUAUAACUGGAAUGGACUCUCUGAAAAUGACUUUGCAUCCGCACCUACCAUCGAGGCUUACUACAAUCUGAAGGAACCACGUUCCUUCGAGAGAAGUCUUGACGGACCGUUUUUCGAAACUACUGUAGCCACUGCCAUUGCAUAUUUAGACAAACGCAUGCCCUCCAUUAGAGCAGUUUUUAGAAAAGCAUUCGAAAAGACUCGUCGUUCUCAUCCAGGAGAGUUGAAUAAGAAGACCAUUGAUCACAUGAUCGACGAGUUCUUCUCGAUUCACAAAAGAAUGGACAAAGCCACUAAGGUAGCGUUUUCACUUAGCAGCAAAUGCUGGUAG